UGCUCCACCUCCUGUGGCCACGGUGAGAAGCGUCGAGCGGUGGCCUGCUUGCACGGCGACCAUCCCGUCGAUGAGGUGCACUGCCUGUCUACUGAAACCUCGAAGCAGAAGCCCGACGAGACGGCUCAGUGCUAUCUCGCCGACUGUCCGCCAUCACCACCACCACCACCACCUGAAGAAGUCGUCCACUCGAACUACAUUAUCGAUCCACCACCGCAGCGGUCGGAAACUUCGGAGCAGGGCUCUUCUUCGAUUACACUCUCAAGUCGGUCGCCUUCUUCGCUGAAUCUGAUCAGCAGCAGUGGCCACCACGAGUCUCACCAGGUUUUAGUAGUAGCUUCUGAACAGCACACACCCAAACCGAUUGAAAGUGACCACUUGCAUCUGGUGGACCAAGGUGGAUCACCGCCGGCCAUUGAGCCGCAGCCGACUGAUAGUGGUGCUGCUGCUGCUGCCGUUGCUGGCACCGGCCUCCUCUACAACGAGACCAUCGUCUGGGGCGUGGGCAACUGGACCGAGUGUCGGUGCGAGCCAACACAGAAGCGGUUCCUUCGAAAGCGACUCGUCCGCUGCAUUCGCCGUCUGCUGGAUCACGCCGACAAUCAGGAGAUACCUGAUGUGUACUGCCUAAGGUUGAUACGUCCGCCGGCGCCGAAGCCCACUGAGCUGGAGCAGUGCAAGUCAUCGUCUUUGAUAACCGAUGAUUCAGCCUGUGCUUCAGCGGUUUCAAGUACCUCAACUACAAGCACCACAACAACGACAACUGAGGCUUCGACGACAACAACAACGACGACGACCACGACCACCACUACCACAAUGGCUCCAACGAAAAAACUGGCCUCGACAAGACUGUCAUCAUCACCGACGACCAGCUUGCCACUGCCACAACAAACACCGAUGGGCGUCACUAGCACUUCAACAGCAGCACCAGCUGUCCAAGCGCAGACAACCACUCUGAGGCCUACGACGACGACCUCUUCCACUUCAUCAACAGCACCUCGUCGAACCACCUCUUCUCGAUUGAAGAGCAAAAAGAGCAAUCGUCUCUUCUCAAAGCCAGCACCAGCACCAGCACCAGCACCAGUAAACAACUGGACCGAGUGGAGCGACUGGAGCAGCUGUGUCUUCCGCAACGCCACCGCCGCCUGCGGCAAGGGCACCAAAAGUCGAGAGGCAAAGUGCGCCCCCGGGAAGAGCUGCACCGGCCAGCCGAAGCCGGCCAACCAGACGGCCGACUGCGAGUGGCUGUGUCCCAUCUUUGAGUGGCACUACCGCACCGAGUGGUCGCCCUGCACGCCCACCAGCACCACACCUGACCGUGGCGCCUGUGACCCGGCGGGCGUCCGCACUCUCACCGCCGAGUGUCGCGAGUGGACGGGCACCGUCGUCAGCGACCACUUCUGCGAGGAGAACAGUACGCUGCCGGUGAAGAGCCAACCGUGUACGGUGGCCAUCACUGCGCUCGAUGUCAAGUGCAGCACCUCCACCACCACAACGCCGGUUCCUGAAACUUCUUCCUCUACUCUUGGAACUCCAUCGACAACAUCUCGUCAGGACGGCGGCGGUCCCCGCCUGGUCUGGCAGACCGGACACUGGUCUGAGGUACAAGCAACAGCACCGUCGUUGAAUCGCAACUGCUCACAGUCGUGCGACACCGGCUACGAGGUGCGCACCGUCGGCUGUCAUCGUCUCAAUCGCUACCGUGCUAUCGACCCUCGGCCUCUGCUCGAUCCGGCUGUGCAGAUUCGGAUGAACCGGGUUGUCAGACGAAAGCGAGGCAAAAGUGGACGAGGAAGAGGACAUCAGCAACAGCAGAAACAGCAACAGCAUAGCUUGCUGAGGAUAUCGUCGCUAGGAAGCAGCGGUAGGGAUCGUCGCCGCCAGCAGCAUCAGCAUCGGAAGCGACACAACAAUGAGAUCAACUACAACUACCUCGACGACGUGGACGAUGAGGAGAAUGGGGAGAAGGAGGAGAAGGAGGAUAAGGAUUCCUCAGGCUUUAGAGCAGGCAACCACUUUUGCAGCCUGAAGACGAAGCCCGCCUCCAUACAGUCAUGCUUCCUCGGACCGUGCGUUCGCGCUGGAAUGGCCGACAGCUUCGUCUGGCGACCGCUGGCCUGGUCACAGUGCGAUCGCCCCUGUGGAAGCGGGCGGCAACACCGCAAGGUCAUCUGCCAGUCGGUGCGCACCGGCGCCAAGGUGGACAGCAAACUGUGCAAGGCCAAGAGACCGAAGAAGACCAGACCGUGCAACCGGCGGGAUUGCGGCGUCACCUCGUGUCUGGACAUGAGGGAGCGAAGCCGUACUCGGAUCGAUGGCGAAUACGAUCUGACGGUGCAAGGCGCCUCCAUUCGCGUCUACUGCUACGGAAUGGGCAGUCUGGUGCAGCCGCUGGAGUACCUGCAGCUGAAUGGAAGUGCCUCUGAUGAUGGAGGAGAAGAGGAGGAGGAGAACUACUCACAGCUGAUUCAUCGACCGAGUGAGUGCUCUGCAGGGACCAACGCUGAACGGUCGCCGUCGUACGAAGCUGAGCCUUCUCAUCAUCAACGGACCUCGACGCUGUACUUCAAGUACGUCCGCCUGAACGUCACCACGCUGGAGUUGAUUGUCGGCGACACCAUGUUUGCCAGCACCAAGGAGACGACCACAGCUGCUGCUGCCGAUGCUGCAACUCCGAGCCUCUUCAAGAGAAGAAGUGUCCUCAUCAAUGAGCGAUCGCUCGGCUUUGGGGAGGCAGUGGUGCAGGGUUGUCUUGAGUACCGCGGCCAAGGAGCGGUUAGGUGUCACUUUGGAAGCCCAGAACAACAGCUGUUUGCCAAGUUCAGUAUUAACCUGCAGAAGACGGGCCUAGCGGUGGCACCUGAAGCCCACUGGCACCGCCUUGGACCGGAAGCCUACGUACAGCGAAGCGUUCGCAGAAGCAAGGAUGGUAAAAAGGUGGAAGGCUUCUGCGGACUGGACACGACGCUGAUCAAUGAAAGCGAAGGGCUCUUCUUUAGCGGCACCUCAAGAAAAGAUGGCAAGGUCAGCAGUGUCUGCCGUCUAGGCUGUCAACCGGUGCCCGGUGGCGCCAUUCCGCUUAUUGUGCUUUGA